CCGCGACUGUGGGUGGGAGUAACGUACCGACGACAUUCCCUCGCGCAGCAAAGUGCUCGAUUCAAUCAAAGCCGGGCGGAGUGUCUUAGUAUGAAACGGUGAGGUGCAAAACUAUAGUUAGUGGCAAAAGUAACGUUGAAGCAAGCAGCUAGCUAUAAAGAUUCACAUUUUUACGGAUUUACGUGACAAUAAAAAUGACAACGACUACCAAUUUCCAAGGCAUGGAACCAGGAGCAAAAAGUAGCUCAAGGGUACUGCAACCCCCGGGCGGUGGCUCCAACAUUUCCUUUGGGACAGAUGAGGAUAAGGCUGUCACACGCAAGAACAGGACUGCCUCCAACAUCUUCGCUGAGCCUGAAGAUCCCCACGCCCAUCGGAGGAACAAUCCACCUGGAGGGAAGCCCACUGGUAUCUUGUGUGGAGAACCUUCGGCCCCACUCAGAAGAUGCCAUGCCCAGCCUGUUGUGCAGAACAAUUCUGUGUCUGAGGAGGCCAUCACUGGGGAUGGAGACCAAGAGAAGCCAAAUACUGACAACGCCGAGGAGCCCGAGGUUGUGCAGGAGUCCGGCGAGGGGCCCCCACAGCCGUCCGCCCCCUCAUCGUCUGCGGGGGGGCCGCCCGGCCGGAGAAACCCGCCUGGGGGCAAGUCCAGCCUCAUCCUGGGUUGAGCUUGCUGUCCUUCAUCUUCCUCAUCCUAAAUUUUUUUUUUUUUUUUUAAACGAAUCUUCUCUUCGCCCCUCUGUGUGUGAGCCAUAGAAUUCUGUCCUCCUGUCCAUUGUUUUUAUACGAUGUUUUUUUAAAUUAUGAUUAUUAUUAUUAUUAUUUUAAAUGUGUCUUUUGACAGAAGCACUUUAUGUAGCUCCUCUGUUUAGCCCCUCAUGUAGUGUAUCAGGCCUGCUGGAAAAGGCAUGAGGUUUGGUCGUCUUCAUUCUUCCCUGGAGAAAAUAAUCAGAAACAUUUUGUUACGUGGAAUCUAUAAAUACAAUAAAGACUGACACGAAGUCGUAGCUUUCGCUCCACGGUCAUUGUUGAGAAACUGCAUGUAUGUCUCCUAUGUAUGUCUUGCCGUGGUUGAUGGAACUAAAUUUCUCUGCUGGAAACUGUUAUGCUGGAAAAGCCUUUGGGUGUCGAUUUGGUUCAAAAUCGAAAAUCUUCUCUUGCUGAUUAGGUCACUAGGUAGUGAUGUGAUGAAGCAACCGUACAAAGCAUUUUGUUUUUGGUGGCGGAUACUUGGCGUGUGACAUGGUGUGCGUUUUAUGCUUUACAUUGAAAUGGCCAUGUAGGGCAUAGGUCUCCCACUGUGGUCCUGGGGAUAUGCCAGUUUUUGUAUGUCUCCCUGUUUCUGGAAGAGCUGGACCAUCUGUCAACCCUUAACCCUGAACCCAAUCACUGGGAGCAUGAGCAACUUUUUUCGUCCUUAUUGUUCACAAAAAAAACCUGAUGGAGGCACAACAGUCAUCUACUAAGGUUAUUUUGGUUGUACGUGCGGAUGUCUUUGCUCUAGUCAGUUUGUGUGAACAAACCUUAAACUGCAUGCGUGUAAAUGAAACCUUGGAGUGAAGCGGGAAAUCUUCACCACCACGGUUGGAGGCCAUUGGUGUCGGUGUGUUUAAAUGUCCACAGGGGGGUGCUCUUCUGUCAAUCAACCUUGUUUUUUCAAGUUCUCUUCUAAACUAAAUUAGAUUAAAGCCAAGAUUCAAUCCUUUCUUUGUGGAUUUAAAACCCACUUUUAUAUUUCAUCAAACGCACAGUAUAUAGUGUUUUAAAACUGUAUUUAAGUUCUUUUUUUAUUCCAUCUAAUCUUACUGUACUUUGUAACAGUUUACUGGUUCUUAUUUCUAAGGGGCAGCCUUAGGAACCUAAACAUUAGUGUAUUUUAUGCACUAUGCUGUAACUGUUAGGGGAAACCAUAAAAGUGACCUUAUGACAGGAUAGGGAUGCGUAUCACUUAUGACAUCACUUUUGGCUCCAUUUUACCAUUGCUGUACUGUUUCAAUCCAGGCCUUUCGUAUUUGUGUACUUUGAUUGUUUGCAGAGAGACUGUUUUAAACACAUUAACAUUUUAUCUGUAUGUUAUUGCCAUUUCUUUGUACAAAACCUACCAAAGGCCUUUUCAUAUUUUGCAUUUUUGUUACUUCUUUCUGUAGACAUAGCCUUAGACGAGUUGCAUUUUUAUUAACAAGUUGUACUAUGUAUAACCGUAAAUUUGUUUAUUGUUUCUUUAUUUUAAAAUCUUUGGUAACAUGGCAUUCAUGGAUUGAAAUAAGGUUAAACGUGAGACCAGUGUUAGUGUAAAUAUGGAUUUCUGCUUGACAGGUGUAUGGCGUACAGAAGUGCAUAGAUCUCCAGGCUUGCUACUCAUUCUGCUGACUUUACUAUGAUCUUUUAUUUUUUAAUACAGUUAUUAUUGUUUUUGGCUUGCCUGGUGUCCUUAACCUGGGUAAUCUGCAUAGUUUGUAGUUGAUAAAAAGCCAUUAGUAGUUUAGAAAAUGCAAAUUAAAAAAUACAUAGCAGAAAGACUGGUAGUGCAGUGUUUUGUUAAAAAAAGUUACUUGACAGUUUUGAGUCUGCCCAGGUUCAGUGUUAAGAGCCGAGUAUGGGAGAGGUGACGACGGGCUGGAGUGGCAGAGGGUUUGUGGGAGCGGUUCUGUGCACACGGGGGAUGGGUGUGCACAGAAAGCAUUCAGGUGUUGGGGUGCACCAGUAUACGGCUGGCUAGAAGUGGACUACAAGAGGAAAUGUGCCGAAGAGAUGAGCAUUGUGUAAUUGGCAGUGUUGCUUACAGCAAGGAGAAAAAGGGCCACAAAUUGUGCAAAAUUGCAUUUGCAGGAACAUUGACAAUUGGAACUUGACACCGACAAUUAGGUACUGGCUUUUGCAAAAACAAAAGAUCACUGAAGCAUGCUGGAAAUAUGUUUUUGAUAAAGGCGUUUGACUUUAAAGUUCAGGUUUAACUUUAAGGGUCCUCUGAUUGUUCUGCUGUUCAUGCUUGUGUUUGCAGCUGAUGUUCUCAAACAGUAAGUGCAACAUCUUGGUGUUUUUCAUUUUUGAUUGAACACCCUCAAGUUAUUUGAACUUUGUACACCAAUUCUAAAUGUUAAUUGUUGAAAUUGUGGAAUAAAAGUGUUUUUUUAAAAUAUA